AUGGGUCCCGAGCCCGACUACAAGUUCAUCACCGUCGACGCUGUUCAAGGGACCUUCCAGCCGGCCACCAGGGCCGUCCGAAGCCAUGCCAUCCGGACCGCUAUCCAUCGGGGCGAGUCUGAGCUGGUUGCCUCGACUACCCUCGUCUCCCAAGGGACCAUAAGGGGCAAGGCGCAUCUGAGAGGCCGCUUCAGGCUGGGCGGCACAGCGGCCAAGCCCAAAGACCCAAAGAACCAACGCCGCAAGGAUGCCGCCGGACCUGCUGCUCCUCCGGAUAUCUAUGACUUGCUGGCACAGGCCUCUCUUCCGCCCUGGAUCCAGAGGCUGGGUAGCGACAGUGCCGACCCCUUCAACACGUUGCCGAUCCCCAGUAAUCCCUCGGUCGACGCUCUGGUCAAAUACUUCACCACCAGGUUCAACCUCAACUCGACCACGACCGAUAACAAGAGGCCAUGGUUCCCAUACGCCAUGCAGAGCGCUCUCAUCCUGCGCACCACGCUCGCGCUGGCCGCCGAGUUCCUCGCAGCGUCGAUGCCGUCGCCCGACCUCACGCUCCAGCGAGAGGGGUAUUUGCAAAAGGGCGAGGCUAUGCGGAUGCUCAGAAGCCGUUUGGAAUCCCGAGAGACGGCUAAAAGGGCGGGCGACGACCUGUCCGUGCUGGCUGGUGUAGCCAUGCUGAGCAGUGCGUUCCAAGGUCAUUUCGCGGCAGCCGAAGCCCACCUGGCCGGGCUUCAUGCCAUGAUCAUGGCUCGCGGCGGGCCGGACACGAUCAAACACGACUACAUCCUCUGCCGCAGCAUCAACUGGAUGAGUAUCCAAGUAGCGUCCGGGCUGGGACGAGUUCCCAUGUUGCCCAUGUUCCACACUCUCGACCAGGUCUCCCUCCCGUCGUCGGUCGUGAGUCGCGCGGCGACGCCCUCGCUGCGUCACCUGGACAGGCUUGCGGGCCACGACACGGACGAGGGCAAGGAGCCACGCCAGAUCUUGGCGACGCUGAGGCAGGCCAUCUGCUCGCAGGCCGGGGCCGUUGCGGCCGACGACAUCCGGAUCGUCAUGAACACGGCCGACAACGCGAUCCUGCACUUCUUGUACGCCGAGCGCCGGACGGCAACGCCAGUACAGAAGCGCUUCCUCGUCCUCGUCUCGGCGGCCCACGUGUUCCUGUACACCGUGCUGCGGGAGGUCCCGACGACCGGGCACAUGGCUCGCAUCCUGGUCGCGAGGAUGCGGGCGGCCCUGGAGGACGCCGACGCCAUUGCCCCUGUCUGGGUGUCGCGUGACGACGCUGCUCUGCUGUGGAUCCUGUUCGUGGGCGUUGUCGGCUCCGGGACGGCAGAGGACCGCGCGUGGUUCAUGUCGAGGCUGCUCGAGGUGCUGGAGAGGGCCAGGGACGUCUUGCCGCCGGAGAGGUGCAGUCGCAAGAACCUGCAGCAGGUGCUGGCGAGGUUUCUGUGGAAGGAUAAGCAUUGCCUGCCGGCCCUCAACGACGUGUGGGCGUUGUGGGAACGCAGGGUCACGUAG